AAACAGCAAUCGUAGUAUUGUAAUAUCCUCCCCUUCCGGCUUUACUUAAUUUCAAGUUGUAGAUAGUUAAUGGAUAAAAAACAACAACAACAAAGCACAAUAAUAAAGAAAGCAACGCAACAGCAGCAGCAACACAUAUACAUAUAGCUAUUCAAGAGACAACCAAGCCUAUGCGAUUCUCUAUAGGGUGUACGCGCACGUAGUCUACAUAUUCUUACACCCAUACCCAUACCCAUACAAAGUAGAAAUAGUUUCCAACCCCAGUUAUCUCAAUGUGACCUCAGUCCGCCAUAAAGUAGUGACAGAACUGCACGGAUGCCCGAUACUUACUCAUUAAACACCUGCGCACGAGGAGGAGCGCAUUUUGAGAGCCAGCUGCAAAAGGACUAGCAUCAAGCACAAACGUCACUUUUAUUAAGGGAAUACCAGCUAAAGAGGGUGUCAUGGCAGAGGACAUACAAGCUAAACUGGAGAAGUACCGCACUGCACCCUUUGAUGCCAGAUUCCCAAACGCGAAUCAAACCAGGAACUGCUGGCAGAACUAUCUUGAUUACCAUCGCUGCCAAAAGUCCCUGACGAACAAAGGUGUUGAUAUUGCCCCAUGUGACUGGUACAAGAGGGUCUACAAAUCGCUGUGCCCCAUGUCUUGGAUUGCUAAGUGGGAUGACCAGAGGGAUGAGGGAACGUUCCCGGGGAAGAUCUGAGUGUACCCUAAGAAGCAGCCCUCAGAGUAAAGUCUGUAUCAGUGUAGGGGUGCUCAUCCUCUGCAGCUUCCAUAUCUGCUCCUGUGCCAUGUGAGCAGGUUCUAACUGAACAGUCAUUCCUUCUAAUAUGUAUUGUGCAUAUUGCAUUAAAGUCUCAGGCAAUAAAUCAAAA